UUAGUCCGAUGCGACCAACUGUUGUCUUCGAGGAAUUUAAAAGUGUUGCGACAAUCCAUCUGUGGAUACGAUAACGAAGUGCCAAAUGUUUGCUGUCCUAUCGCCAAGAAAGUUACCCAGAGUACUGCCAAACCCAGACCUACCAGACCCCCAACCAAACGACCAAAAGCUCCGAAAACUAAACCAACUUUAAGGGCAACCACUUCCACGCCUAGGGAUGUAGUCGAUGAUCAGCCGAGUGGUCCUAAUUUAGGACUAAGACCACGAAAAUUACCAGAAUUGUCCCAUCCCGGUGCCUGGCCAUGGAUGGCGGCAGUUUUCAUAGAGGAUUCCGAUAACCAAGGCUCUUUUAUCGCUCAAUGUGGAGGUGCUCUUAUUUCGGAACAAGAGAUCAUAACUGCAUCCCAUUGUGUGGUAGAAGGGGGUCGGGUGUUGACGCCCGAGAAGAUCAGAAUACGGUUAGGAGAACACAAUAUCAUGAAGAGAACCAAAGACGACGCGGAAGUCGAUUACAAUGUGAUCAAAGUGACGGCUCAUCCAGACUUUGAACCGCAAACUUAUAAAAAUGAUGUCGCGAUCAUUAAACUCUCGCAGCGAGUACGUUUCAAUCGACGUGUUUGGCCGAUAUGUCUGCCAUACGACACACGAGUGUUGACUUCUGAAGAGAAUGUCGGCAGAAGUGGUUUUAUCAUCGGUUGGGGAAGACUUGAGUUCAAUGGGAAGACGAGCGAAGAGUUAAGGGAAGCCUCCAUUGAGAUCGUGUCCAACAAAGAGUGUGGACAGGCUUUUGACAAAGUGGUCAAAAUUACUGAUGAAUACCUGUGCGCCGGAACUACUGGAUCGACAAAAGAUAGUUGUCAGGGAGACUCUGGCGGACCUCUCAUUCAAGUAGAUCCGGAAAAUAAGAAAUACUAUUUGACAGGAAUUGUCUCAUUUGGAAAACGGUGUGCCACCCCUGGCUUUCCC